UCACCCUGACGAGGAGGAGAGGGAGAGAAAGAGAAAAAGAGAGAGAGGGAAAGGAGAAGAGGCAAGGAGAGCCUGUCAGAUCCUGGGAACCUGGAGAAACACUUGAGGACCUGGAGAGAAACGAAAAGCGAGUGCGAGCGAGAGAGAGGGAAGAAAGGGGACAGGGAGGCCGUUGGAAGAGAAUAAGGAGGGAGAAUGCUGUAAAGUAACAGCCUGACUGAAGAAACUCUUUCACUCUGAGCUGUGUGUUUCAUCAGGGCCUGUGCAGCCUGUUUCCCAGGUAGUCAGGCUUACUCGGCUGCUCUGACUGGAUUCUACUGCAGCAUCAUGGUGGCCUCAGACAUCCAGGUGGCGGUUGUGUGGUUGUGUUUCCUGUUGAGGGCCGUCUCGUGUCAGGGCCAGGAGGAAUACUCUGGCUACCACUCAGGUGAAGACCACACGUACGAGGGGUCGUUGGUGGACCACUAUGAGAACUCAGCUUAUCCACAACCAGAGUACCCCCCCGAGCCCACCCCCGGGUACGGGGAGGAGCAGCACCCUGACCAGGACCCCUACGGCCAGGGGCCCGACCAGGUCACCAUGAUCACAGAGGACAGCUACCCCUACGCCACCACCAGCCAGCCCUACUACGCCAAGGAGGACCACACCAUCAGCACACGGGUCCCGUACGGGCCCGGGGGGGACUCGUCUGAGGAGGCGGGCCUGGUGGACGAGAAGCCAACCGACUGUGACUGUGAACCGGGACAGCCUGGCUUUGCUGGCUUCGCAGGACCCAAGGGCUCCAAAGGCUUGCAGGGUAAGACUGGUUCUCCAGGACCGCAGGGCAGAGAGGGAUAUAGAGGAUUUAAAGGUGUUCGGGGAAGAGGUGGAGAUGUUGGACCAGUGGGUGACCCUGGGCUGGAUGGGGAGGAGGGGGCGUCUGGUUUCUCUGGAUCGUUGGGAGAGCCAGGUCUACCAGGAGACCCAGGGGACUUCGGGGUGCUGGGUGAAAAGGGUGCCGUGGGUAUGGAAGGACCACGUGGCGGAGUGGGUGACCGCGGAGCCACGGGUUCCCAUGGAGACACUGGACUCCCUGGUCCAAAAGGGGGUAAAGGUUUCAAGGGACAACAAGGAGAAGAGGGGAAGCAAGGCACGGAAGGGCAACAGGGAAAGAAGGGUCAGACAGGAGCGCCAGGCUUCUCUGGGGACUUUGGGGAGAGAGGCUACAUCGGUUAUCCUGGGCAAGCGGGAGGAAGAGGAGAGCUCGGUUUGAAGGGCACUAAAGGUCAGGACGGGUUGCCAGGCAGUGACGGAGAGCCCGGCGAGGAUGGCCUGAUUGGAGUCCCAGGGUUGGCAGGAGAGCCUGGUCAAUUUGGUCCCAAGGGCAGCAAGGGAGACGUUGGCUUGAGGGGACCCCGAGGGAGAGUGGGACUUGUGGGGUCACAAGGAGAGCAGGGAGACGCCGGUGUUCCAGGAAAACAUGGACCCAAGGGACUCCAAGGCCAGCCUGGGGCCAAAGGUGAGCUCGGGACCGACGGCGAGAAGGGCAAUACUGGCAAGAAGGGAAUCAAGGGUGGGAAAGGAGCGAAGGGGGGCAAAGGCAGUCGUGGGGAUAAGGGACAGCGUGCAGAGAAAGGUUCCUUGGGUCCGGACGGCGUACCUGGACCCGUUGGACCCCCCGGGAUCCCAGGGUCCAGAGGGGAUCUGGGACCCUCAGGCGACCUGGGGGUCAAAGGUCGAGCAGGACCCAAGGGAGUGGCCGGUCCAGCUGGCCCUGGUCUGACUGACGAGCAGGUCUUGCAGCUGUGCAGGGGUGUGGUGACGGCCCAGAUCUCCCAGUACGCCUCCUCCAUCAGGGGCAAGUGCUCCCAAGGGUGUCCCAUCAACAACAGAACCCUCAUCGGACCCCCGGGGGCCGGGGGCCCGUCUGGAUCACCGGGGAAAACUGGCAAGUCAGGGAAGGCUGGAGCCAAGGGAGCCCGGGGCCCCCAGGGAGACCGGGGACUGGGGGGUCAGAAAGGAGGGGAGGGGGAAAGAGGUUCAAAGGGACCCAAAGGAUCCGUGGGGGUCACUGGUAAAGGCCUUCCAGGACAUGAUGGACCCCAGGGCCAAACAGGAUUUCCGGGUCACCCUGGAGAACCCAAGAUCGGCAUGGACGGCCCCCGGGGCUCCAGGGGAUUCCCCGGCCCGGUGGGUCCACCUGGAGGCCUGGGACAGGCAGGAGUGUCUGGGUUCUGCGAGGCACGUGACUGCAGCAUCCAUGCACCAGUGAUGCGCAAAGAGCAGGGGCUGGUGAAGAGAGGACCCCACAGCAGUAAGAUGUAGCCCCCCAGCCCCCCUGUGGAGCAUGCCUAGCCCUGCAUUGGUCACCCUGAGAACCUCCUCAUAACCGUAUUCUUAUGGUUUGUUUUCUUGGAAGGCCGGUUGAUUUACCUUGCCCUUAGGUUUGGAUAGAUACAUACCCAUAAGGACCAGCAUUAUGGGAGCAGCCUGUUUCAAGGCCUUGUUCAAUUCAGUUCUCUGGUUGAGAUGGGGCCAAGAAUAGUGCCCUCUGUUGGGCUGAGACAUGGACUCAAUCCAGAGAGGAAGCCAAAAAAAGGACAAAUCAUAACAGAUCAAGAAUGUGGACAUUAAACACUCUUAACUCUUUUUUUCUUAAUUCAUAAAGACUCUUCUCCCAUUUUCAUGUCAGAGGGUCCUAAUAAUAUGAAUUCAUAAUUUAGAUUUUUUUUAACUGAAAAUAAAAAAUGCAAUGUAAAUAUGAUUGUAAUGUAUUUGAAAUACAGUAUAUGUAUGUAUGUGUUCUAAAAUUUCCUCUCCUACUUUUUUCUUAAUGAGGCUUACGUUGAUUAGUUGACAAGAGUAAGACAAAUGCUAAUAUAAUGCAUAAUAUGAUAAAAAUAUCACAUUUAGGAUAUAAUUUGGUGUUUUGUGUAGAGAAGAGGACUUUGAAGCCAUUUUCAUAUUGUUAUUACAAAAUAAAAGUAUACUCAAGGUCAA